UGCGCGAAAAGUCUUAGAAGAUGGAAACUUUUUGUGUGUCAGCUGGCUUUCAAUAUAUUUGCAGGGAAAUUUUCUUGGAAGUAAAAGCACCCUAAGCUUACCAAUCAAUACAUUUGUCAUUACAAACAAAAAAAUUAUAUUUUUUAGAAGUAUUUUGGUGUUAAAGUGCGCGGCAAAAUAUAAUCAAAAUUUUCAUAGAUGUGGAUAUUGUAAAGCUUUUCAUCGGAAUAAGAGACGAUGAACAUACAGCAGACUGCAAUGUUGAUCUUUCGUGUGUGCCACCCUUUAAUGAAGCGCAUUAUAUAAUUUCAAAUCAUGAAAACAGAAAUCUGCUCAGAUUACAUCCGCCACCAUCUUCGAAGCCGCCAUCUGUUGCAGCGGUCAGCGACACUGCCAGCGAAACACAGCCGGUUAGGCGUGCGGAGUCGUGUUACUUUUAAGGUGCCGUCAUCAACAAUUCGCCUACCAUCCCAGGCUAUAGAACUCGAAAAGGAUAAAAUCGUGAUAGGCCCCAAGGAAAAGCAACUCACCAAAAUGACUUCAGAAGAUUUGCUCCAACCUGGACAUGUAGUUAAGGAGCGUUGGAAGGUAAUGCGAAAAAUCGGAGGUGGCGGAUUUGGAGAGAUUUACGAAGGGCAAGACCUUAUAACUCGCGAGCAGGUGGCUCUUAAGGUAGAAUCUGCUCGGCAGCCUAAACAAGUACUCAAAAUGGAAGUGGCUGUUUUAAAAAAAUUACAAGGAAAGGAACACGUGUGUCGUUUUAUUGGAUGUGGUCGUAAUGAUCGAUUCAACUACGUGGUGAUGCAACUGCAAGGAAAAAAUUUAGCUGAGCUUCGACGAGCUCAGCCCCGCGGAGCUUUUUCACUCAGUACAACUCUUAGGUUAGGCUUACAAAUUUUGAAAGCCAUUGAAUCUAUUCAUUCUGUGGGAUUCCUUCACCGUGAUAUAAAACCGAGUAAUUUUUCCGUGGGUCGCUUACCUUACAACUGUCGUCGUGUAUAUAUGCUGGAUUUUGGAUUAGCGCGUCAGUAUACUACAGGCACCGGUGAGGUGCGAUGUCCAAGAGCAGCAGCUGGUUUUCGCGGGACUGUCCGAUAUGCUUCCAUAAAUGCUCAUCGAAAUAGAGAAAUGGGACGUCAUGAUGAUUUGUGGUCGUUGUUUUAUAUGCUCGUUGAGUUUGUAAACGGACAAUUACCGUGGCGAAAAAUAAAAGACAAAGAACAAGUUGGCUUAACAAAAGAAAAGUAUGAUCAUAGAAUAUUGUUAAAGCAUUUGCCAUCAGACCUAAAGCAGUUUCUGGAACACAUACAAUCCCUAACAUAUGCCGACCGUCCAGAUUAUACGAUGCUUAUCAGUUUAUUUGAGCGCUGUAUGAAAAGGCGUGGAGUCAAGGAGUCUGACCCAUAUGACUGGGAAAAGUUAGAAACUACAGCAAUUGGUAAUAUUAGUUCAACAACUGGAAAUACCUUGGCUGCUGUUAAAGCUGAUUAUAUUCAUGGAAACUUAACACAAAUGACCGUGGCCGCUUCUAACGCGAGUGGGACCGAAUACGUUCGAAAGCGGACUGAUAUUGAAACCGCACAUAUUACAGCAACUGAGCCCGUACAAAUGAAGGAAAAAGUUGAUAGAAAUUGUAAUGCCAGCGCCUCGAUCCCUCAUCCAAAACCUUUAGUCGAAGCCGCAUCUCAAUAUGGAAUUAAUAAUCAAAACAACCUUGCGAAAGAACUGUUACAGCAACAAAAAUCUGUAAUACCUACAGAUCCCUUAGUGGAAACACCCAAUGUACAAAACGCCAUAAUAAAAUCAUCAAAUUUGAGUUUCGAUAACAAUGAUAUCCAUGCAAUAAUUAAUACAAAAAACUCCCAGCCUAUUCCAAUGGGAUCACUUUCAACAAAUAACCAACACAAUUCCGCACCUGUUUAUGGAAAUUCCUAUUUACAUUCGGAGGGUAAAACAACUAAAAAGUGUGAAUGCCUUUUAGUGGAAAGUAUGUUGGAACGAAAUAGCCCGGCCAUAAAUCCCAUAGAAAAUACAACAAAGUCUUCCCUUGAGAUUAUUAAAGAAACUCAAAAAUCACAAGAAAAAAAUUUGAAUUCUUCAAGCUUCACCUAUGAACAAAAUCAAAAAUUAGAAGUUUUAGAAAAAUAUGUCGAUGGAAAAAAAUUGGAUGAACAAAAAUCAACGUUUGGACGACUUCGAGUUCUUACAGCGCCACCUAUGAGCGUACAUGAAUUGACUGUGGGUGAGGGACAUUCACAAACGAACGAAAAUGAGCAAAAUUUCGCCACAGCUUGCACCAAUACCGGAAUUCCUGGGAACACUUUAUCAUCUAAACAUAUAAAUCAACAUGGACAAGCUUUAACAAUGGUUUCAAUGCCACCUGUAAACCGGCGUUCUGUAACAUCUACAAACUUAAGACCAUCUUCAUCUGGAGGAGGGUCGAGCUCCAUUCAAAAAUUCAAUAGUGGAUCAACCUGCUUUGGGCCUUCAGUCACUAUGAGCAAUGCAGCACGAAGCAGUGGUGGUGAUCAUUCAGUAACGCAAUUUGCCUUAAUAGACGAUGAAAACGUAUCAGCUUUGCAACAAGUCACUAAAGGGGGUGCUCUUACGCUUGCAUCUCAAUGGAAAAGUCAGUUUGAUGACUCUGAGGACACAACUGAUAAUGAAUGGAAUAGAGAGCCACAGUCGCAACAUAAUUUGGAACAAUUAAUUAAAGUGGAUAUUUCAUUGCCUCUGAUAAAUGAAGUCACUCACAUUUCCAAAAAUAAAACCACCUAUACAGGCAAGAAAUCCAUAUCGAAGCUCGAUGUAAAAGGAAGAAAAAAGAGACAUACGCUUAACAUAACUGGAAUUGAGAACUAUGACACCUUGAGAAACUCUAUCCCGCAUUGCUGGUCUGAGCCUGCUAUGGGUAAUGUAUUGAGAAAAAACCUAGAGCCACCGGCUGUGCAGCAAGCAGCAUUUGAAAACAUAGUAUAUCGGAUGGAUAUAGCUAGAAACAUAUGUGUUCGGGAAAAUUGUUUGGAAAUUACAUCCUUUGCUAAAUGUAGGUCAGCCGCUUCAAAGGUCACAAGAAAAAUUACACCAUCAACAUUUAAAGAUGAAACUUUGUUUCAGUCAAAGGGCUCGACGGAAAGACAAACAAAAUAUCGAAACAGCCUUCCGAAUAUUUCUGUAUCGCAUAUUUUUGAAGAAAAAAAAAUUAAAAUAAAUUCAGAUGCUCACCUUUUACAAAAUAUAUCGAUUCCCUGGCAAAUGAAAACCACUUCCUCUCACAGAAGCAAUUUUCCGUCAUGUGGUAGUGUAAAUGAAAGUAACGCUUGUAUUAGUGGGAGGUUGCAAAUUCGUGUUGUUCCAAAAGAAACUACCUAUCUGGAGGAUUCUAUUUAUUAUGAUGCUUUAGCAGCUGUUAAAAAUAAUCUAAGUGAAAAUGAAGGGAAGAACGAUGGAAAUGCUGCAAAAAAAUAUAAUGAAAUAGAAAAAAAUGCCGCACUACGACCAUCUACUACAACUUCAAUCAUGAAGCCAGUGAACAAAGUCACCCGCGAAGAGAUAAACAAAUUAUGUUCAAAUAGCAAGCUGGAUAGUUGUGGUGAAAAUGUUCAUAUAAGGAAUGAAAAUAGUGAAAUGCGCUAUACAAGGAAAGAAGAGACAAAUUUAAUUGAAAAGGAUUUUACAAAUGAGGUAAUUAACCCCGGAACGGUUAUUUACGCUGGAAUUGACCUGGAAUCUGAAGUUUCUUCGCUUACACCAAGUAAAAUUCCUGUGCGCCAAUCAAAGUGCACAUCAUGGGCAGGUACUGAUACUACACCUAAACAAACAACCACAUUAGAAUCAACAUGCCCCUAUAAUCCGAUGUUAGAAUCAACAAGUAUGCGAACGGAAUUACUUCCUCGAAUUAACAAAUACUUCAUUGGUUUAGAAAAUCCAUCCAAUAUUAAGGAUCUUACACCAGCAUUAAGACGCCGGCGUGAAUCUAUGGAAGGAAAGUAUGUGACCGAUUCCACUCAAUUACAACUUAGAUUCCAAAGGCCUCGAUCUAGAACUUCUAGCCGGAACCGUGGUGUAUCUAACCAAACACCAGAAAAUUUUGAUGGCAACAUACUUAACACCAACGAUGACAAUUUUGGAUAGCAUGAGGUGUCAGGUUGUAUUUCAUGGAAUGAGCUAAAUCCAAAAGGAAAUGUUUCGCCGCCCCUUGGAGAUCAAAAAAUUGAAAAUAGUACGCGGCUUCGUCGUUACAGACAUCACGUAGAAUAACCACAUAUUAAAAUUGUUUAAAAUUAUGCAGUGUUGGUAUAAUGUUUUGAAGUGCUGGUAGAUCUCCCCUAAUAUUUUAUUUUUUUGUUGUUAAGAUGACGUCUACGUUUUGAAGUUAACCACAGUUUUCUUUGAUAUUUAUCAAAAGAUAAUUAAGUGCCCAUAUCCAUUAUUUUUUGAUUAGGCAUGUGAAAAUCAUUUAUAAAAUGGUAUAUUUAUGAUUAAUUAUUAACUAAAUAUUGACUAAAAACCGAAAACAAUUUUUUUAAUAGCUAAACAUAAACAUUAAUUAUUUAGCUUAAAUAGUUAAUGCUUAAACCCACACACUACGAUUCAUUAUUACAAUUAAAUAUAUAAUAAUGAAACGAAAUUCUGUUUUAAAAAAAUACUUAAUUUUGACUACGUUAUUUAGUUUUAUAUGAUUUUGACUGCUCCAGAUGUAAUUUUUUUCAGGGACGUGUCUAUGAGCACGAAUGUAAGAUUCUUGUUUAUAACUGACCUUAUAAGGUGCUUUCUAUAUAUUCUUUAUUUAUUAAAAUAUUGAUAAAAAAAUAUAUGAAUUAUUGUAUAUAUUACGCUAUUGUCGAAAUGUACUAGAAGAAUUCAACUUCAAUAAAGUGUAAUAUUAAUUCUAAUAAAUUAAUUAUUGAUCAGAAUUAGCAAUAUUGGGCAAUAUCAUACAUAUGCAUACUAAAAAAAAUUUGCAGAUAUGCAAACUUAUUGGAAACUAUAUUACAAGCAAAAUACGUACUUUUACAUAAUAAGCUAGAAUUACAAGCUGGUUGAUUAGUACCCCUAGAGCCUAGAAUUCAAAGCUGCCAAUUCCCAAGACAAUGAAACCAUGAAAAAAUGUUUACACUACCGCUAACUCCAAUCUUCUGGUGCAACUGUUUAAGGAAGUCUUACGCUCUCUGAACUGCUGUCAAAGUCUUACGCUCUACACAAGUUCAAGAACUGUACAUCUAGAAUAUAAGAACCACAUAAGCAAAUAAAGUCAGUUACAAAUCAA